ACACUAUACCUGUACAUGAAUGUUCAAAAAACUGGGAUGGUUCUAGUAAGGCAAUGGAGCCUGACAUGGCAAUAUCAAUGGCCAGAGAGUUAGAGUAACUGGAUGUGCAAUAGAUGUCAUCCAUGGUGAUAAUGACUCGACCACAACUUCUCGACUGAAAGCUGUUUUCCCUUCAAUUGAGAAGAAAGAUGACAGUAACCACACUAAAAAAGGCAUCACAUCAAAACUAUAUAAGCUUAGCCACAAAUAUAAAGUUCUAAAACAACCAAAUGUAAUAUCUUACAUUGGGAGAUGCUUCAUGUACGCCAUAAAAGAAUGCCAGACAAAAGAGCCAGAGAGUCUUAGAAAAUCACUGGAUAUUAUAGUUCCACAUUUAUAUGGUGACCACUCUCUUUGUGCCAGUGAAGAUGCUACCUGGUGCAGUUAUCAGAAGAAUCCUUCUCAAUUCAGGUACCGCAGUCUACCGCAGGGUAAGCCUCUCACAUGUCCAAGUCUUCAGACAGAUCUUAAAGCCAUUGUAAACAGCCAAAAAGAUAGAGCUGCCUGCUUGACCAACUUAGGAUCAACCCAAGCAAAUGAGAAUUUUAAUUUCAUAGUUUCAACAAAAGCUCCAAAAAACAAGUCAUUUGGAUCAAGCAAAUCUCUGACAGGGAGAAUUUCAGCAUCUGUUCUGCAGAAGAACGAGGGUCACAAGUAUUUAGAAAAGGUUAACAAGGCUGUAGGAUUAUCACCGGGAGAAUUUACCUUCAGAAUGGCCUUAAAAAUUGCUGCUAAGAGAAAGCUUCAAAAAGCGAAGCAGAUUAGUUUACAAGCAAAGAGGAAACGUCUGUUGAAAAAAAUAUUGAAAAGUAAGAAAGAAGCAACUAAGGAAAUUCACGAAGGUGUUACCUACUACCAAGCUGCUGAAUUACAUCUAGAUGAAGAACUAACCCAAACAACAGAAAUUCCCAAUAGAUUAACACUACCUGAAAAUGCCUUUACAUAUGUUGUAUUUGAUACAGAAACAACUGGCAGAGGGAGAAAUAGUGACAUUUUGCAGAUAGCAGCUGGUGAUGAUUUUAAUGUGUAUGCUCAGCCACGUUGUGAAAUUUCUGAACAGGCAUCUGCUGUGAAUAUGCUAAGAUACGAUAGGGGAACAAAUACUAUGUUCCAUAGAGGUAUUCCAGUUUUAUCAAAACCAAUACAGGAAGCUCUUUUGGAUUUUAUUGAAUAUCUAAAGAAAGUUCCUCAACCCAUACUUGUAGGACACAAUGCUUGUAAUUUUGACAUUCCUAUUGUUUGUAAUAGAAUGUCUGAAUUUAAAUUAUUUUCAGAAUUUUCUUCUCAUGUUUUUGGUUUUGUUGACACUCUGAAAAUUUCAAAAAGAAUCUUCCAAAAGUGUGAUGUUGGCAACUACAAGCAGGAAAAUCUCGUCAGUAAACUUACAAACUGCACUUAUCAAGCACAUGAUGCAAAAGAAGAUGUGAGAGUAUUGACUACUUUAUUCACAGAAAAAAUAGAGAAGGAAGUGCUUGAUGAAGACCUUUUCCACAUAUCCUUUCAUGAUGUGAAGAAAAGAUAUGAUGAAAUUUUACAACAGAAAUUUAUGUCAUUAGCAGCAGUGACCAAGUUGGCCAGAAAUGGUGUCUCUCCACUUCAUCUUAGAUUAGCGCAUAACAGAAACUCUGGUUUAAAGUUAUUAUUAACUGAUCUGCAUAUAAGAUUAACAAACAAGAACUUAACAUCUGUGAUUAGUUUCCUGGAGAAAGAAGAGUGAAUUUCAUACUGUUAGCAUCACUUGGCGUCCGUAGUU